UGGAAGCAUCUCCAAUUCCCCAACCAUGGCAAUUAUAAAUGGCUAUUUCAUCCCCAUGGAAUCAGGAAAUCAAACACAUGCUUCAGAAUUUCUCCUCCUGUUUUCAGCAAAGCCGGAGGCUCAGUUCAUUCUCUUCGGGCUGUUCCUGUGUGUAUACUUGGUCACGUUCACUGGGAACCUGCUCAUCAUCCUGGCCAUCAGCUCUGACUCCCACCUCCACACCCCCAUGUACUUUUUCCUCUCCAACCUGUCCUCUGCUGACAUCUGUUUCACCUCCACCACUGUCCCCAAGAUGCUGUGGAACAUCCAGACUCAGAGUAAAGUUAUCACAUAUGCAGGCUGCCUCAGCCAGACAUUUUUGCAUGCGUUUGGUUGUCUGGACAAUUUACUCCUGGAUGAGAUGGCCUAUGACUGCUUUGUGGCCAUCUGUCACCCCCUGCACUACUCACUCAUAAUGAACCCCCAGCUCUGUGGGCUGCUGGCCUUGGGGUCCUGGUGCAUCAGUGUCAUGGGCUUCCUGAUCAAGACCUUGACCCUUUUUUGGCUGUCCUUCUGCACAAACAUGGAAAUCCCACACUUUGUGUGUGUGUGUGAUCUUCCUGAAGUCCUGAAGCUCACCUGUUCUGACACCCUCAUCAAUAGCAUAGUGGUGUAUUCUGCACCUGGCCUUCUGGCUGUGAUUCCUCUCCAUGCAAUACUGUUGUCUUACUAUCAAAUUGUUUCCUCCAUACCCAGCAUUUCCUCAGCUGCGGGGAAGUACAAAGCCUUUUCCACGUGUGGGUCUCACCUCUCGAUGGUCUCCUUUUUCUAUGGCACAGGCCUUGGGGUGACCAGUUCUGAAGUGACUUCAUCCUCCAGGACGAGUCUGGUGGCCUCGGUGAUGUACACCAUUGUCACCCCCAUGCUGAACCCCUUCAUCUACAGCUUGAGGAACAGGGACAUGAAGGGGGCCCUGAGCAGGCUCCUCGGCAGGGUGGUGCCUCUCAGCAUCAGGACCAUUACAGGACUCUCUUGA